UCCUCCGCGAAGGGCUUGAACUCGUAAAACUCGUGUGUACAACUUCGCCAUAGCAAGGACCUUGCCUCCUCAUACCUACCCCCCACUCUACUGUCAGCCUUCGAACCACGACAAAACAGGAGUAUGCAUUUUAUGUGCUGAAACAGAGAUGGUCCUACGCAUGUGUGAAACAACUUAUUGAGAGGUUUAUUUCUGGUGAGUGGAGUGAAUUUCGUACAUUUUCCAUUGGCAGCACUUUAAGUUUCCUAACUGUGUAUGUUGAGUUUCCACCAGCUGAAGCAAUGGAGAAUGACUUCAUUCCUGAUGUUGAUUGUCCCAGCGUGGGUUUUCCGCUGGUUUUGACUUGCUUCAGCAACAAUCUCUUUCGCAGAGAGCCCCUGAAGCUUGCUGAUGAUGGCGGCGAGUUCCAAAGCACUGUCCUGUACAUAGACGCUUUUCUUUUGAUCAUUGGGAACCCUGCUCAAACGGAUGCUCAUAUCUUCACUCUUGGGAGUCCCAACAAUGAUUUUACUGUUAGGCAACUUGCUGAAUUGAUGACAGAGGCACAUGGCCAUGUCCCAGGAGAGCAACCUUUGAUUGCUGUGAGCUCCAAACGACUCUAUGGUGAAGGAUACAACGACAGGAUUGCUGGUGUUACUCUAAUCAUACAGCAGCUAGUAGGUCACAUCUCCACUGUUGGGGGUCCCAGCACAUUCACUGCUAGGGAAUUUACUGAAAUGAUGACAUAUGUACAUGGUAGAGUCUCAGGAGAACCACCGCUGGAGGAACCUUUGAUUGAGGCAAGCGUGGAGCAGUUCUUGGGCAAAUAUGACGACGACAAGAGGAUCCCUGGUGUGACCCCAAACAACAACAAGCAGCUAGGAGAGCCACUGCUGGAGGAUCCUUUGAUUGAGGCGAGCACAGAACAGUCUUUGGGCGAAGGAUACGAUGACAGCGACAAGAGGAUUCCUGAUGUGACGCUGAUCAACAAGCAGCUAGGGUGGAACCCAAACGAUGCCUCUCCCAAGGAACUGCUGGCGACGACACUGACGACCUAGCAGCACAAGACCUGCAGACAAGUUGUCGAAAGGCAGAUGUCACAGGCUCCAUCGUCGAGUUACACAACUUGCCGCGGUUUUGGAUUCUGCGGCGACAUUGCUCAUCAUUUAGAGAGCAGUUUUUUGCAAGCCAUAUAGAUAGAUAGAUACACAUACUACAUACUCUCAUCGCUGAACAUGUAAAGUCCUUGCGUAAAUGGGCGGAGCUGGUGUACAUUAUUCCACAAAAAACCGGGGCCUGUGGGCAUUGAUGAUGCGGGCGGGCUGGAAGUAUACUACGCACGUUGGUUUGGAGCUGAAGAUCUUGAGUUACAAACCUGGUUGGUUGAUUUGUUGGUUCACUCACUAGAGCUUAGAAAGAUGGUACUGUUAACUGUACGUAUGGAGUAGUUCAGAAUUUUUCUCUCGUGCUGGAACUAUGUUGGUUCUGAAUUUUCUGAACUGGCUUCCUCUUUAACCUGCAAGUGAAGAAGCAGGCACGCUAA